GCCCAGCCGAUCCAGGUACCAGUCAGGCUGACCGGGGCAUUGCGGCGCAGUGCCCGGUGCAGAGAAAUAGGGAGAAAAAAUAGAAAAGGGCAAAAAAAACUUGGCGAGCCAAAACAACAAGCCACGGGCACGGCUGCAACUCAGCAUCCUGCCUCGCCUGCCCGUCUGCUUCUUCCCUUCUCCUUCUCUUCCCUUCCUCAGCCCAAGCAAGGUCCAAGACGCUCGCCCACCGCACCCUGCCGCGCUGCCAAUCUGUUUCCCCCGCGGGUGCUUUCCCUAGCAUUUUCUCUUUCGCCUGGUUUUCUUUUCUUCAAGAUCCUCCUCUGUGCGGUCUAGGUCAGCAGCCAACCACCUGGUCAUCAGCGCACUCCCUCCCCCCGCGCCGACAAGUCACCGAAAAAAAGAUUCACGCAUCGGGCCAGAGCCAGAGCGCUUCCCACGCCACUCGCCCCACUCCGUGUCCUUUUCUCGCAACCCCAGCUCUGCUGCGACUGUCUGCACCUCGCCCAAAGCCAGUGUCUCUUUCGCCAGCCCGCCGCCCUUUCACGACAGGCUCAAGACCUUCGCGAAGAAACACAGUGACCCGCCUGCGACCCCGCCUCUGCCGAACCCGAAAACCAGCCGAACAGUGCAGGACCGACCGUUCUUGUCCCAUCCACCCACUCUGCAUCACGAUCACCUGUGGCUUUAACUAGUCAUGGCUAAUCCGCUGCAGUUUGCCUAUCGGACCCAGAAGGCCAUCGGCGUCUUUGAUGCCGCGCCUGUCUACGCCCCCCUCCCUGGGUUCGUCAAGCCCGAAGGGAACCUACGCUGCUGUAUAUACUCUCCUUGCGGCCGAUACUUCGCAUGGGCCUCUAAUGAAGGCGUGAGCGUUGUUGACGCCUCCAACGGCCAGGUCUUGGCCUCCCUCCCCCUGUCAGCCGUCUACGAGCUGGGCUUUUCCCCCCGCGGCACCUUCAUCGCCACCUGGGAGAGACCAUCCAAGGAUGAGGCUGGCGAUGCCACCAAGAACCUCAAGAUCUGGCGCACCAUCGAGCCUUCCGCUGACGAUGCGGCGAAGCAGCCCCUUGGCCAGUUCGUGCAAAAAUCUCAAAAUGGUUGGAACUUGCAAUACACAGCAGACGAACAGUACUGCGCCCGACUCGUCACAAACGAGGUCCAGUUCUACGACAGCAACGACCUCAAGACUGUCUGGAACAAGCUGAGGGUUGAAGGCGUCACGGACUUCGCCCUCGCUCCCGGGUCCACUCACAACCUGGCCGUCUUCGUGCCGGAGAGAAAGGGCCAGCCCGCCGCUGUCAAAGUUUUCAACGUGCCCCAGUUUGCGAGCCCCAUCUCGCAAAAGACCUUUUUCAAGGGCGACAAGGUUCAGCUGAAAUGGAACCAGCAGGGCUCCAGCUUGAUUGUGCUGGCCCAGACAGACGUUGACAAGUCGAACAAGAGCUACUAUGGAGAGACCACGAUGUACUUGUUGAGUGCGAACGGCGCCUUCGAUGCUCGCGUCACCCUGGACAAGGAAGGCCCGAUCCACGACGUUGCUUGGUCUCCCAACGGCAGGGAGUUUGGUGUCAUCUACGGCUACAUGCCCGCCAAGACAACCAUUUUCAAUCACCGCGGCGUUGCGACCCACUCCUUCCCAAUGGGCCCAAGAAACACAAUCAUCUUUUCGCCUACGGGACGAUUUGUCCUGGUCGCUGGAUUCGGCAAUUUGGCGGGCCAGAUCGACGUAUACGACCUCGAAAAGGACCACCGAAAGGUCUGUACCAUCGAGAGCGGGAACCCCAGUGUGUGCCAGUGGAGUCCCGAUAGUGUCUACAUCAUGACGGCAACGACCUCGCCCCGCCUGCGCGUAGACAAUGGCGUAAAGCUCUGGCAUGUUGGCGGGGCCAUCAUGUACAACGAGGAGAUGGUCGAGCUCUACAACGUCAUGUGGCGGCCCAUACCGGUUGAUCAAUUGCCCAAGAACCUGGACCCGCUGAACCCGGUCCCGACAGCGCACGAGUCUGCAGUGACCUACCUCGGCACGGUCAAGACACCAUCCAAGCCAGUUGGUGCCUAUCGGCCGCCGGGUGCUCGGGGUACUUCGACACCGCUACAUUUCAAGCGUGAGGAUGAAGGUGGCGCCGCCCAUGUCAUGGGCAAUGGGGCCCCCUCUGCCAGCUUGAACGGUUUUGGACGAGCUCGCCGCCAAGUUCCUGGCGCCGAGUUUGCCGAACAGGCACAGGUUCCAGGCGCAGCAUAUGGUCGCCAGUCCGUCCCCGGUGCUGAGCCUGUUGGCGGCGACGACAGUCUGUCCAAGACCGCCCUCAAGAACAAGAAGAAGCGCGGGAACAAGAAAGCGAAAGACAGCGAGACAAAGCCUGUAGGCGGCCUCGAGGGCGGCCUAGCCCCCCCGGCGCAGGAAUACGGCAGUGGCUCGGGCGGCGAGACUCGGAGGAGCGAUCGCCGCGGAGCCCAACAGCAUGGCAGCUCGCGGAGCCGCUCGCGCCACCCCCAGAACGGCCAAGGCCGCAGCCGCAGCAACACGCAACGUAACAACGAGCACGGGCGCAACAACGGGCCUCGGGAUCAUACCCCGUCCGGGCGAGACCGCCAGCAGGAGCCGGCAGGACAAGCGCCCGCCCAAGGGGAUAACGCUGCUGCGAGCCAGGCCCAGAACCCCAACGCCAAGAAGAUGAGGGGCCUGCAAAAGAAGAUCCGGGCGAUAGAGGAUCUCGAGAUGCGUCUGGCCGGGGGCGAGAAGUUGGAGGACACACAGAUGAAGAAGAUUGGGACCAAAGUGUCCGUCCUUAAGGAGCUGGAGGCGUUGGAGAAGGAGUCCGCAUGAGGGCUUGCCAUGUAUGAGACGACUGGGCGACAGCCUGUAGCCCACUCCUCCCACGACGUGCUCUGCUGCACCUCUCCCCCGGUGGCCAACUGCACCAUCGACCAAGAGCGUGCGAUAUAGGCAAGUCAAGGAAGAGCGACACAGAGUAGAGAGCAGGGGGUACUCGCGAGCUCGCAGAAACCGCCGUGGUCUAUGCAAGCGAGGAGGCCGCCCACAUUUUGGACAGACCACCUAGAAAAUCGCCUCUGCAGAGGAAUUGAGGGCAUAGAAAAGUUAGGGCAGAACGCUCAGCGUAGACUUACCAGAUAAAUGAUUAAAAGAUGUAUCAAACACUG